GCGCGCCGCGUGCGGUUGUGGUCAUUCGCCCACCUCCUCGCCUCGUUCGCUCGGACGUGUUGCGGCUCCGACACACACCUCAGUGUACUGUCACACAGCUAUCCGUAUGCGCGUUAUACCGUACGUCGCGCAUUUUCUCUCGAAAAUUAAUUAGUAUGUGAAUGCGACGUUUUUAUUUGUUCAACACGAAAACGAGUGAAAUGUUGUUCGCUCACUAAUCAGCACGCAUUUGUUUCGCCUCUGGAUAGACUUCAUGUAAGGGACUGACCGCAUCUUUUCAAUUAAGAUACUUCCUUCUUCACUUCACAGUUAUGAUUAUACGGAUACAAUGGCUAAUACCAUUGACUGUGAUUCUUUCUAUUACUUUGAUGAUAUCAGGUAACCCAAUAUUUCUACCACAAAAAGGAAGAAAUUAUCGACCUAUGAUAAAAUGGAAGCCACCAACAGAUGAUUGGAAUUGGACCCUAACCCCACGAAAUGAAGAACCAUUCUUAAUUCCCUCCAAUUAUAAUCAUACUCUACCACCGUCUGCCAAUGAGACUGAACUUAUUGCACAUAUGGCUGCUUUAAAACGAAAUUACUCCCGCCUUUUAUGGGAUAACGACAAGAGCUCAAAUCUACCAGUCUUUGUAGAAAAAGCUCUCAAACUUCUUAAUUUAAAGCAAGUUUAUUACGAAGUAGAGCACUCUGUAAUGUCUAAGGUAUCAUGCACGGCUUGCAAAGCCGGGGCUGGAUUACUACAGCAUUAUAUCAGGCUUGGUAAGAGCAAAGAUGAAAUCAACAAGAUGAUCUAUCAAUUCUGUGUAUCCCUAAAAAUUCAAUCAGCUCGAGUAUGUGAAGGCAUCACAAGACUUUUUGGGAGCGAAGUAGUAUACGUACUGAAACGUAUUACAAUAGGACCUGAUGAGAUAUGUAGUUUUGUGAUAGGAGAUGCGUGUGGCGACGUCUACAAUCCUUAUCACGAGUGGGAGGUGGCAUUCCCUCCGGUUCCGAAGCCUACUGUGCGGGCGUCACUUGACACUCCUGUCGAUAAAGCACCAACAUUCAAAGUGUUACAGAUAUCUGAUACCCACUUUGACCCGUACUACGCUGAAGGUGCUAACGCUGAAUGCAACGAGCCUCUCUGCUGUCGAGCGUCUAGCGGGCCAGCAUUGACGCCGGGCGGAGGUGCUGGUCGCUGGGGAGACUACCGCAAGUGUGACACGCCGAAGCGGACCAUUGACCACAUGUUAAAGCACAUCGCAGAUACCCAUACGGAUAUAGAUUACAUUUUGUGGACGGGAGAUUUACCACCGCAUGAUGUAUGGAAUCAAACAAAAGAAGAAAACUUGAAGGUUCUUCAAGAAACUGUGGCACAGAUGUCAGAUAUGUUCCCUGGAGUCCCUAUAUUCCCAGCGCUGGGGAACCAUGAAUCUUCGCCAGUAAAUAGUUUCCCUCCACCAUUCAUAGCAUCUUCGGAGCUGAACAUUGAGUGGUUGUACGAUGAGCUGGAUGCUCAGUGGCGACGCUGGCUCCCGGCGGGGGUCUCCCACACAGUGCGUCGUGGCGCUUUCUACUCGGUCCUCGUACGCCCAGGCUUCCGUAUCAUAUCACUUAAUAUGAACUACUGUAAUAAUAAAAACUGGUGGCUGUUAAUGAACAGCACAGAUCCGGCGACGGAGCUCCAGUGGUUGAUCUACGAAUUACAAUCUGCGGAGUUCAGCGGAGAAAAGGUUCACAUAAUAGGCCACACACCACCGGGCCAUUCUGAUUGUUUGAAAGUAUGGAGUCGAAAUUACUACGCUAUUGUCAAUCGAUAUGAAUCAACGAUAACAGCACAAUUUUUCGGACAUACUCAUUUCGAUGAAUUCGAAGUUUUUUAUGAUACCAAUGACCUUGGUAGAGCUACAAGUAUUGCUUAUGUAGGGCCCUCUGUCACUCCGUACUACGAUUUAAAUUUGGGUUAUCGAAUAUAUUAUGUCGAUGGGGACCAUGAACAAACUACUCGGCAAGUAGUUGAUCACGAGACAUGGAUUAUGAACUUAAAAGAGGCUAAUCUGUUUGGGUACCCGAUUUGGUACAAGCUAUAUUCAGCUCGAUCUGCAUACUUGAUGCCGGCUUUGCGACCUCAGGAUUGGGACAAGUUUAUUGACGACAUGACCACCAAAGAGGACGUCUUUAACUUAUAUUACAAGCACUACUGGAAAAACAGCCCGCGCCGCGGGACUUGCGAUGGUGAAUGCCGCAAGCGGCUGGUGUGCGACACCCGGUCGGGUCGGUCGCACGACCGACGCGCGCUGUGCGGCCAAAUCGAGGCGCGCAUUGACGGAGCGUCGCCGACGCCCCAGACUUGGCGCGCCUGGCUUUACAAUGGCUUAUCCGUUUCAGAGCCUCCUUCUGUACAGCAAGUAUAACUGGUGGUGGAAUUAGCCUUAAUUUUCCGGCACGAAAGACAGGGUGUCCAUGAUAAUGCAAUUACCUCAAGUGGCAUAUCAAAUACCAAAGUUUGUGAUGGGACUCGGCUGAAGAACCUUUAAAUCAAGAAUGUGUAAAAGCAGCAUACCACCGGGCUCAAUCAUGAUAACUUAUUUGUUUUCAAAGAUUGCCUCAGUUUAACCAAAAUAGUUAUUUAUUCUCUAAAUAUCUAAUAAACGAUAUGCGUUACGCAUUUUUUCAGGAAUAUGUUUACGAUCAAAAUAUGUUCGUGUUUAGUUACAAGACCACAUUAAUAAACUUACAUUUUAGUACUGAUCUAUAAAAUCGUUUUUGUAAAUAUUAAUUAUAAUUGUAAAAAUAAAUUAGUACAUUUAAA